AUGAGCGUAGAGGGCGCUUACACGCGCUGGCUACUGAGCUGGAUUCUCUUCCCCAUCUUGCUCCAUCUCACCGUGGGUCUCCAAGCCACUACAUUUCUGGUUCUGUGGGAGGGGUGGGUUCUGCUGUUCUACGUGUGGCCCAGAUUCGAUAACUGGGCCGCGCGCAAUUUGUUCACGGCGGUUGGAGCCGUACUCCAGCUGAACCUGCUUGAUGCAUUGCUCGAGAAUGUCGAAUUUCCGAGUGCAGAGGGGACCUCGCUCAGGUGGCUCUUAUUUAGCUGGUUAGUCAUGACCAUUCAUGUUCAGGAGUUUCAUGACAUGGAGGGCGACAGGAAGGCCGGCCGUCAGACAUUGCCACUGGUUCUGGAUCAACGGGGGCAACUGUGGCUACGUGGUGCCACGGCGGCGGGUAUCGCCUGCACUGCGAUUGCCAAUGGCUCGCGGAUCCAGUACGCAACUAUGUCAUCGAAACCAGCGCUGUUGCCUCUAGGGCUGUGUCACCUACUUUCCAUGCUGGCAGUAGCUGUGCGUCUUGUGACGCUGCCGGUAAAGGAGGCCGACAAGGUGACCUACAAGUAUUACUAUACUCUGGCGACUUAUACUAUGCUGCAUUUCCAUGUGUGUGCGGAGCGUGACGGACUGUGA